GUAAGAGGAAACCCUUAACUGCUCUGGCUCAACCAGCUUCACCCUUUUUCUCCGUUUCUCUCCCUGGAUUUUCACUCACGCCCGUCAAACGUGUGCAUGCUCAGGACGAGAAUGGCAGCAUCAUCUGCGCAGAGAACUAACGGGCCCUGCAGAAUGUUGGCUUUGCUCCUCGUCGCCUCAGUCUUAAAUGCAGGAGUCAUGGCACAGGAAGAGGAAAUUGUCGCAGUGACGGUGCCAUUUGUGGAAACAGGCGUACGAGGAGACAUGUCUCCAAGGGCGACUGAAGCUCCUGAGUCAGAGGAUCCUCAAAUCCUGGUUUUCCCCACCAUGGGCCCUGUAGUAAUGACCGAACAGACGACAGCAGCACCGACAACAGCAACAGCUACAGAACAGGCAGUAGACAACAACGACAGCAACCCCGCAGCUCCAGAGGACACCGCAGAUGAGAACACUGAGUUCACAGUUGAGGUCCAUACUGACGCACCCAAAGUUGUGGAACCAGAGACCCAAGCGCCUAUGCCUGCCAGAGGUGACGGCCCCGUCAACAAACCGCAGCCCGUGCCUCAGGAUGAUGUUGUGUGUGUCAGCAAAGAGGCGGUCCAGGACAAAAACGCAGUCAGUCUGAAACUCAAGGCCUCCUCCAGCUGUAAAGACACCAAAGUGAAGAUUGAAAGUGUUCUGCAGGAGCUGUGUGGUGAAGACUGUAAGCUGGAUAUCUAUCAGGAGGACAACUCGGAUGAAAUUGUCGUAUCUGGAAAAUAUGUUGAAGAUGAUGUUGCAGGCAUGGCCAACAAGUUCAACAACGACAACAUCAAAGAUAAGACUGAUGUGAAGGAGGCUGUUCCUCGCUGGGGGAAGAACUCUAAGUUGGUACUGGUUUCCUUGCUGCUGACUGGCCUGUUGCUGGCUGCACUGCUGGUAGCUGGUUAUUACCUCAAGACCCACCGCAAGAACUCCAAAGGAGUCAGACUGGCUGAAUCUUUCCAGGUGGAUGAGGAGAACCAGGCCAACACCCUGGUGUCUGUGGCCCCUCUACCCCAGGAGCCCCUCGACAAGCCGACGGUCAACGGUGAGUCUCCACCAGAAAACGGGACCAACCCUGCCCCCACCACUAACGGACACUCUGCCACCCAGACCCCAGUGGCUGACACGGAGAUGUGAAUCCUGACACCCCUGACCUCCUGUUCUGCCCAUCACCCACUGGGACACACUACCCACAAGCCCCUCUGCUGCCUCAGAGACUGUCCACACACUGAGACAAAUUCUACAUGAAUCCACCAAAUACCCCCCCUCUUCUUCCUCUGCUGCACCUCUCGUGAUGAUGACGACGAUGAUGAAGCUCAUGAUUAUGAUGAUGAAAUGACAAUGCCUGUAAUGUGAAAAGUUUGGGAUCACUGGCCUUCGCUGGUGUCAAGAGGAGCCUACAUAUGCUGUGUUUGGGACUGAGACUGCUCAGCAGGGCACCGGCUGGGAUUUGUUAGCCGCCCUGACUUGGGUCUAGUUGUAACAAUCAUUGUAGAACCCCCAAAUAAUGCCAAAUAUGCGCUGUUGAUUCACGACAAAGACGCAGCGAAUGCUCUAUCAUUUCAAUCCACCAUUGUGGUGCAAUGAAACCAAUGAAGCCAGGCAGUUGAAAGGAGACCAGCUUUUAUACUGUUUUAAAAAGGACUGAUGCUCACUGCUUGUUUUUUCUAUUUGAUUCAGGAAAUGUUUGUUUUCGUAGCAUUUUUUUUUUUUUGCCUUAACCUUGUUAAGACCUAUAAAGUGUAACAUGGGAAAGAAAGACGUGAAUGAAAGAGAUCCAUUGGUUUUGAAUUUACUGAAAGUUGGCUAUAUUUUCCUCACAGAUGGUCAAACAGUAAUUAAAAAACUGCCAUGUUUUGAUUUUCCUGAUGAUUUUCGAUAUUCAUCAGGAAAUGUUUGUUUUCAUAGUUGUUUUUUUUUUUUUUUUUU